UAAUUAUUAUUUUGAACUUAGUGAUUAUAAACAAUCAAAAUGGCUAAUCCAACACCAGAUGAUGUUAUCAAAGUAUUACAAAUGACAAUCAAUUUCAUGGAUAUAACACUGCUGGGAGAGAAUCUAUCUCCCAGUGCAGAUAUGGAGAGACAAGAAACUAUAGAGAAAUUAAACAUGAUGAUUGAAAAGUUGGGUAAUAUAAAAGACACUGGAUUUGUUAAAGCCCAAGCUGUAGAGCAAUCAAAGCCAAAUAAGUUCUGGAAAACAGAGAAAAAAGUUGAGAAGCCAGCAAGACAAGUCAGUACAAUGAGCACUGGCAGUGCAUAUGUGGAUAUGAAUGAUGGAGGCAAGAGUUCACCAAAAAUUGAAUCAAAAGGAUCCCCCAAAAUCUCGAGUGCAGAACAUGCUGAGAAAGAAAAUUUAAAAGUUGAGGAAGAAGAUGAUGAUGAUGACUAUGAACUUCCAGCAAGUAAAGUAGAACAGACAAAAACUACAAUGCCUGAUGUAGCUGCAGAAGAAAGCACAAUAUCAUAUGAAGCAUUAACAAAGAAAGUUAAAAUAUUUGAAAAUUGUUCACCAACUGAGUUAAGAGCUUCAGCUACAUUUUCAGGUUAUCUUACUAAACACAAGAAGAGAGUCUUGACAAAAUGGCACCGACGUUAUUGUAUCUUGAAAGAUGAAUUCUUGUUUUACUUUAAAUCAGAAACAGAUAACAAAGAAACCGGCGUCAUCAUUUUACCGGGUUAUGUGUUUACAGUUCCACCAAAGGAUAAAGGCUUUCUUUUCGUUCUUGAAUCACACGAUAAAAGUCGAGAUAAUUAUAUGUUUCAAGCAGAAUACCAAGAAGAUCUUGAGCAAUGGAGGAAGCAUAUAUGCGCAGUCACUAGUAAAACAUUAACUUCAUCACAGAUGGGAAUGGUCAAUCAAGUUGCAGGUGAACACCAGGAGAAAGACAGUAAUGAUGGCAGUGGAAGUGCGCGCGUGGAAGAUAUAUGUGGAGAAUUAUACGAUGACGUAGUUGUUCCACCUUCAGACCCACCACAAGAACUUUAUGACGAUGUAGCCUCAACCAAUGAACCAGCGCAAGAGUUGUAUGAUGAUGUACAACCAGAUAUGCUACCUCCUCCCCCUACGAAACUUCUACCUGAAGAACCACAAGAAACUGCGGGAGAAAUGUACGAAUUCAUUCCUGGUCAAAUGAAUCAAAAUGUACCAACACCCGCACCAGCAGCGCCAUUACCUAGCAGAUCUCCUUUACAUGCACCGACAGUUGAGAAUGCACAUAUUCCACCGCGACGACCUACACAAAAGGGUGCCCCACCGAUUCCACCAACCAGCGCAUCGAUGAAUCACUCGACGCCAGCUGACAAGCAAUUCCAGAUGGAGGAUAUAUAUUUGGGUUUGUAUGAUUGUGCUGGCCAGGAUAAAGACGACCUUUCGUUCAAACGAGGCGAUAUUUUGUAUAAAUUGGAAGAGAUAGAUAUGAACUGGUGGGUUGGCUAUUUGAAUGGAAAAUGCGGUUUAGUACCGAGUAAUUUUUUGGUCGAAGCUUUUUCUUAAAUUUUCAAAUUUUGACGUGUUAGCACAAUUAGGAUCAUGCAGUGCGGUGUUGUCAAAAACUUUCGCAAAGUUGAGAGAUUAAAUUUUGCGAAAUUUCAUGGUUUUUAUAAACCGCUAACUUUAAUUCCGCGAAAUUCAUUUUUUUUUUCAAGCACAAAAAAAAAAUGAUAUCGAUAUACAUUUUUAGUGGUGAUUUGAUUGAAAGGUAAAACUGUCUUUGUCAAAAAAUCAAUUCGCGCGAAAUUUGCUACUUUCUGUCACUCGCGAAAAUUAAUUUUGUAAAAUCCUAAAAUUUAUACGUUUUUUUUUUCAUACAGCAUAUUUUUUUACCGUCAAAUUUUAUUUUUAUAAAUUUUUUGUCUUUAAUGUUUUUUUGUUGAGGUUUUACGAGAUAUUCACAAGGAAUGGUACAUUUAAAAUUUAAUCAAAAGCUUAGCAACUGACAAAACUUUGUCAGCAGGUCGUUUUUCUUCAACCAUUUAUUUUCCAUUUGCCAAAAGUCGCCCUAAAGGACAGUCAGUUCUUCUUAUUUCUUUAUUGCAGUCACUUUUUACUGAUUUUGAGGUUAUUGUUUAAAAAACAUUAUUUUCUAAGUUUAUCGCCAUUUUGAAAUAUAUAAAACUGUUACUCGGCUUUUAACAAUUAGGUAAUUUGAAUCUCGUUUCAAGACGAGUCGUGACAAAAUUUUCCACCAUGUGAGAACGCUUUGUCAGUUAAAAUAAUUCCUGGGAUGUAGUAUGUAAUAAAAAUGUUAAACGGAUAUUCCAAUAGCCAACUGCUAAUAGAAUAAGUAAAAAGACAAAUGUAAUUUUUGUUUCGAAGACGCGUUGAAGAAUGCUGAUAGCGAAUCUGACACUCUCCUUUGCGUGUGCAAAAAUAGGAACUUUGCAUCCUGUUGGCUACAGCGUAGUGACAAUUGAAAUAGAAUUUUUAUUACAUUGUGUGAUUUCACUUAUUCUGUCAAACAGAUGGUAAUGUUGAAUCCGGGAUGAGGUAUAAACAUUUCGAUAUUUUCAUUUGCUUAAAUACGUAUAAAAGUAGGCUCCAAAUUCCUCUUUUUAGAGGUUAUCAGAUAAUAUUUUUAUCCACCGGUAGACACCAGUAGACAAAACCCAAUUUUUUCACAAAAUAUUUUUGAUGGACAUAUUGUUUUUAAGUUUAGCCACAGCACACUUAAAUUUCCCAACAGCUAAAUAUUUAAUUGUAUAUAUAUACAUUUAUUUUUAUUUUUAUUUUUAUAUCUAUUAAGUUCACGAAAUUGUUGUUUACUUUAUUUUAUAAAUCCACAUACUAAUAUCAGUUUUAUUUCUCUCGCCAAUAAUUCAGCGUAAAUUGUAUAAAGUCCAUUCUCGUCCCCACAGCUCUUUGAGAUAAACCUCGAAAGUACUAAAUUUUGAGGUUUAUCUCAAAGAUCUCCCAGGACGAAAUUGUAUAAUGUAAUUUCUUAUGAAUGUAUCUUUGUAACACAUGGAAGAAUUUUGAUAUUUCUUCCUGUUUUUCUCAACCAUGUCUCUGCGGUAAAAUAAACAUCUAUCUUCAUGAUCGAA